UGAAUAAUUAAAACUUGGAGCAGAGCCUCCCGCUGUAAAAAGUGAUGUAAAACCAGUCCUGAUCUGGAACUUUAAUUCUAAUUUCAACAGGUUCAGUGUCUUGCCCUGAUAUUUUUAAAUAAAACCUGUCAUACCAAAGUAAUUCACUUACUGUAUAUGUGCUUGUAUGUAUAUUCUAAGAAAAACCUGAGCCUCUCACCAACCUAAGAAAAGACUUUUCCAAUAUGUUGGCCUGAAACAAGUUGUUUACAUUACUUUGCAGCAAAAUCUUCCUGGGUAACUUGGACAAGAGCAUGUUUGAAUGAAAGAGACAGAUGAAGAAUGAGUAAGAACUCAGAUGGGGACAGAGAUGAUUUCAGAAGCGGGUUGAUAAAUGAAGCAGUGUGGCUCUUCUGAGUGCUGAUGGACUCAGAUGUUUGGUUGUGGUGAGGCUGAAGACAGGACUACCUUUUCGUUAGUGCCUCGAAACCUCAUGCACAUUCAGCAACAUCACCUAGAGUAGAAUUCAGCCUGACAAACUUUAUCAUUACCGAAAGCUCAUUUUCUCUUAGCAGGAGGUUAAUGUGCGUGUGCCCCACACACACACACCUUGAAUGGCAGCACUGACUGUUUCCAUCCCUUUUCCUUGCCAUCACUGCUGACAGAGCCCCAUAGACAUGAGUUCUUGCAGUUAACAAAUGUGCACAGGUUGCAUUGCUGGAGCCCCAGUCUACUGGGCUCUCUGCUGACCUGUAUGAUGUUUGUCUGCAAGCACCUGCCCUGAGGGAUGCUCCUUCUGCCCAAGCUGCCCACCCUGUGCCACAGAGCUGUUCACAGGUGCUGGAUACAUUCAGGCUGCUGAGGGAUUCAGGCAUGCGUCAGCCAUGGGUUCCUGUGCUCUUUCAGCUGGCAGUCAGGCAGGCGAAUUGUUGCUACUUGCUUUAAAAAUUCAGUGGUAUCUGACUCAUUUCAAUCUGUAGCAUUUCUCAGUCUUCAAGAACGCCUGUGUCCCUUUGUGACAGGUCGUAUCAUUCAGUGGCUUCUCAGCACUGAACUGUGUUUCUCUGAUAUGUUUAGAGUGAGCAGCUCCACAGACUAUAUUCCCACUUGCUGGGCUACAUGAUUGUGUGAGCAUCCAGCAGCUCUCCCACAAAGCCUGGACAUGUGCUUAGGAAAGCAGUUACUGGAGAGACUCCCAACAGGCUGCAGCAGCAAUGUGGGUGAUCAGCAGCAGAUGUAGCUGAUGGGCAGAAUUCGUAAGAUGGUGUCUUAUUGUGUCAUCCCUCCAAGCCUCAUGAGCAGCAGGCAUUGCAUCUUGGAACUCCUUUUGCUUAUAGCAUGUGGUAGGGCUAAUUUAAUUAAAUGUGAUCAAAUAUGGGUUUGCUGGGAUUGCAUAGGAGAAGUACUGUGUUGAUUUAGUACUGGCUAUGAUGGUAGAGGAUCACGUGUCUGAGGUAGUACAUGUCCUCACCUCACUUCAUUUAGACUAGGACUGUAUCAUUUCCUGGUGUAACAAGUACAUUAUUGUGCAAUGCUACUCUCGUUGCAGUUCUGGGCAGAAUACUUAAAAGCAGAUUAUUCUAUAUACAGAGAAGGGUUUCUGUACUAUUGAGAAGUCUGGAAAGACAAAAAGUCCAGAAAGGAUUAUUGCUUAUAAGUUGAUUAAGACAAUAAAUUACAGGAGGAUUGAGUGUUGCAGUUUUGAGACAGAGGUGGAACAAAAACAGAGGGAAUAGACUGGCAAUAAAUACAUUAAGGCUGAAAAUAAGAAGGUUUCUGACCAUACAGAAGUGUGCUGAGGGCAUAAAGGUGAUGGUGGGAACUUCCUCCAUCGGUGUGGCACUUGUGCAGUGGAAGAGUGAUCGCCUUACAGUACAGCCUCUUGUGAUCCUGUCUAUAACAGACUGAAUGUAAGCAUCCAAAGGAAAGAGCAAACAUCAGCUUUAGCUGUUGGGCUAAGCCAGAGUUUACAACACUGUUUGUAUUUAUUGAGAGAUGGUGGGUCAUAGUAAAGUUAUCUGAACUGAGCAUGGCUUUGGACUAUGUGCAGCUUCUCUGCUUUUCUGCUUGACAAUCCUAAUUUCAGUCCUUAAACCAGCCUUAGCCUCUCCUUAUUGCAUCUCUAAAAUCAGCUGGCUGUCCGAUUCCUUUAAACAUUUGAUGCUAAGUCUUAUUUGGUGAGCAGGGAGUUGGAAGGUGGGCAGCCUUGGCUGUGAGUGACAUCUCCUGGCGCACAGAGCUGCCAGUGACUUAGCAUGAUUUCAGCUGGAGGAGCAGUUUCCUAUUUGUCUUGAUGUUCUGGAAGAAAGGAGGGAGGAUCCUGCUUCCUUGCCUUCACACAGAGCUGCUGCCCAUGCUGGUGUGGUCCUUCCUGGGUUAUUCACUGAGAGCAAUGGGGUUUCUGCAGCAAAACUGCUGUUAUUUGGAGUGGCUGCCCAUGUCAUUCUCAGUUGAUAGCUAAUUCAGAGACAAAAUGGACAUAAGAUCUGUUUAUGUCCUGGAACCUGCACCAGUCACUGGAUGGAGUCAGUGAUAGCCACUACAAAAAACCCAAAGAGACCAAAAUUAGAAACAGAGAUGCCUGAGCAGCUGGGCAGUGGUCCAACAUCUGGAGAGCGCUUAAUGCCUGAGCAGCUGGGCAAGGCUCCAGCGCCAGGCGGCUCUGAGUUUUGGGGUGGGGAAGAAGAAAAGCAGCAUCAUUUCUAUGCUGAUUUAUGGCCUUAAGUGAUGUUUUGAUUACCACUGACAGUGGGUACUAUGGGAUAAAGAGCAGAGACCUAUCUCUAUUUGGGUUCUGGCUGGGCACAGAGACAGAAGAUCAUGUCUGGUUAAAAUGUAGCUGAGGAAAACUGCUAGUGAAAGAGAAGUCCUGGGGCCUGGCAAUCAGAGGUGCUGGAAGGUCAAGUAGUGCCCCAUUUGGUGGAGAACGAGGAAUGAUUUUACAGCAUUCAGCGACAUGAAUGUGGGGUGCAAAGGAGCUGGAAAAGUCUUAGGGAAUAAGUUAAUUCUUUAGCCACUGCAGAACCUACAAUUAUGCCUGGAGAUGAUGGAGGUAGCCAAGUGUGCAGAAAAAGGAACUGGUUCAAAUGUCUCACCUUUCUGAGCAAAUAGCAGUCACAGGCACCAAACCAAAGAUGUCAUGGACAAGAAAGAUGCUACUUAUCCUGGGAUUCCUCUCUGCUUUGGCUGUAAUUGCUUUAAUUGCUGUAGCAGUGACCCAAAACAAGCCACUUCCGAAGAAUAUUAAGUACGGGAUUGUGCUGGAUGCGGGGUCGUCCCACACUAACCUCUACGUGUAUGAGUGGCCAGCAGAGAAGGAGAACGACACUGGGGUGGUGCAGCAGGUGGAGGUGUGUAAAGUUGAAGGCCCUGGGAUCUCAGGUUACUCCCAUGCCACAGAGAAGGCAGGUCCCUCUCUGGCACAGUGCCUACGACAAGCAGAAGAGGUGAUUCCCUCACAGCAGCACCAAGAGACACCUGUCUACCUCGGAGCAACUGCUGGCAUGCGGCUUCUCAGCUUGCAGAAUAAAAGUGCAGCUGACAAAGUCUUGUCCUCAGUAGAGAAGACACUACGCUCAGCUCCCUUCAACUUCCAGGGUGCCAGAAUCAUCAGUGGUCAGGAAGAAGGAGCCUAUGGAUGGAUCACUAUUAACUACCUACUGGGCAAUUUCAAGCAGUCUGGCUGGACAAAACUUCUACAUUCCCUGAAAUCCAUAAGUGAGACAUCAGGAGCACUAGACCUUGGAGGAGCCUCAACACAGAUUACCUUUGUACCAAAUGAACUUUCUUCUGAGUCCCCAGAGAACCUGCUCUACUUCCGUCUCUAUGGCAAGGAUUACAUAGUGUACACACACAGCUUCCUCUGCUAUGGGAAGGACCAGGCUCUGCAACAGAAACUGGCCAAGGACUUUCAGACCAUGGAGAACAGCAGCUUCCUUGAUCCAUGCUUUCACCAGGGAUAUCAGAGGACUAUAAAUAUAAGUGACCUCUUCAAAAAUCCUUGUACAUCAGCCAAGAAAAAGCAAUUCCCUUUCAGCCAGCUGUAUAUACAGGGAGAGGGGAAUUAUCAAGAGUGCCGAAGAAAUAUCCAGAAACUCUUUAACAAAACCAAUUGUCCUUACUCCAGUUGCUCCUUUAAUGGGAUAUACCUACCUCCAUUACAAGGGGAUUUUGGGGCUUUUUCUGCUUUCUACUUUGUGAUGAACUUUUUGAACCUGACCAGUGAUCAAAGCCCAAUUUCCCUGGACAAAGUGACCAGUGCCAUUGAGAGCUUCUGCGCCCAGCCUUGGCACGAGGUGAAGUCAGCAUACCACCAUAUAAAAGAAAAGUACCUGAGUGAAUAUUGCUUCUCUGGGGUCUACAUCCUCUCUCUCCUGGAAAACGGCUAUGAAUUCACUGAAAAGAACUGGCAAAGGAUCCACUUUCUUGGAAAGAUCGGUAGCAGUGACGCGGGUUGGACCCUGGGCUACAUGCUGAACCUGACCAACAUGAUCCCCGCAGAGGAGCCCGCUGUGCCCCCUCUUUCCCACGGCAGCUAUGUGGGGUUGAUGGUGCUGUGCUGCCUCGUGCUGGUGUCUGUGCUCCUGUUUGCCUGGCUUCUCUUCCACAAGCCCAAGUGCCUGCAGAAGGGGAUUGUUUAGAAAGAGCACUGGGGAGAGAGGGGCCAUAUCACCCCAGCCGCUCGGGGCUAGGAGACCCCCACAGAGCAGGCUGUACUGCAGAGCCCCUCUCACUGAAGCUACUGACUGUGUACAACAAGGGCAUUUAUUUCUUCUGACUCGCACUUGCACUGACAGAUGUUGGGACAUCAGGCUCACCACCUCUCUCUGCCAAGGACAGACAAGUGGGUGUCCCCUCCUUGAAUGGGUCGUACUUUCAUUCAAUGAAACUUUGCUGCUUGUUGGUUUUUGCCUUGUGCACAGCAUUAUAAAGAGAAAAGCAGCAACAAUCUUUGGGAGCCGGUGCUCCUGCAAGGGCAAUCUCAGGGUCACACAUCCCACUGAGCUCUUGGGAGUGAUCACACACAGGGUGAUCCUGCUCCUCCUCCUCUGAAGCUGUUCCCGAGAGCCCUUCCUGCACCAGCACACCUCUGCUUGCCUCCCUGAGCCCUUGCAGUCCUACAGCCAGGUACGGCCACCCAGCUGGCCCCUGAAGGCUGGCCAGGCUCCCAAUUACCACUCUGGGACAAGAAGGGAUAAGGAUUAAAAAUUGAGUGUGCUGGUGGUCAUCCGCCCUUAGUUGGGCUCUGGUGGCUGUCUGCUCCUUUCACAGGUGGCAAGAAGCCUCUUUCCCAUGUCUUCCUGAUGUUGCUGGACCAAAGCUGGCUCACUGUUACACUGAGCCAUUUCCAUGUCCCUAGGGUACAUCAAGACACGAGUUCCCAGCCAGGCAUUGGUGAUUUUUGUAGGAACAGCUCAUACUGGCCAAGGAUCCAUGACCAGUAGUGAGUGCUUAUGCCUACAGGGACUCUGGUGUGAUCAGCGUGCCUACAGGUAUGCACCCACUAAAGAAAUCCGGUGUCACUGUGCUGAUCAUGCAGCAGCCUCCAAUCUAGUGAAAACAUUUAUUAGGUCAUGUUCAUUUAUAAAUAGACAGCUGGCAGCAGUUAAUCAGAUUGAACCACUCUUUCCACUAGCAAAAUCAGUGAAAAUUUGCUCUUCCUUCCCUCAUGGCUUAGGUUUAUCUCAUGACUGUAAGACCUAGGGCUUGUGAACAUACAUACUGCAGCCCAUCUUCUAGCACACACCUAGGGCAAUGCCACUGAUUGGGUUUAUGAAUCUCUUUCUUCCAUUUUUCCAUUCCUUGGUCCAAAUAAAAAGAGAGGUAAGUCAGAAGCCCAUUUUUAUAAAAACACUUGGAAACCACUGGUGCCUCUCUGCCUCCCACAAAAUCUUGGAAAUAUCUUCUGCUAAUGACCUGUAAGUGCUGGAGGCCAAAAGAAAGCAGAUAUUGUAGGGAGAAAGGCAUGGCAGACACACACCUUCACCUCUUUCCCCAUGCAAAGCUGUAGAAUGUGUGGAGGGGAUAAGGAUCUGCAAUCCCAAUAAAGCCUUCUCCUUUAGGCAGGCACAGACACACAGCUCGGGGUUUUCACACUCUCCCAGCCUGUUGAUUUGCAUAGUGCAGGCUGGAAAACAUCCCCCUGUUAUUUCUUACUUCAUGCCUGGAAGUAGGAGCCGUAAUAUAUUGAAGGACCUAAAGGUGAGGGAAAAGUCUACCCUGUCUUGUUGUAAGAACUUUGGGCAGUUCAUUCUUCUUCCAAAAAUCUGUGUCUUACUUUUGCUCUGAAUUAGCUGGCUUCAGCUUCUUUUGGAUCUUGUUCUGCCCAUUUCAGAAAGACUGAGUAACUCUACUGUCAAAAUCCCUUUUUCUUUGUUGGUGCUUGCAAGUUGUCAUUGUAUCAUAUUAAAUAGAUUGAUAUUCAGUCUGUAAAGUCCUCUGUGCUGACCUUACUUGUAGCUCUUGACUCCACUUCUUUGAAAAUUUUUACAUUUCUCUGAAAUUCGGACACCAAAGUUUUCAGCAGCGAGUGGCAGUUGAUUUGCUAAUAGUGUAAAUAAAAGUAAUACCCUCUGAUUUUGAUCUAUAA